AUGGCAGCGGCUGGCCUAAUUGACCCGACAAAGACGGGCAACUAUCCCGUCAUCUUGGGCGAUGCACUCUUGGGCAAAACCUCCAACGAGAUCUUUACCGGAAUAAAAUACAAUCACAAGCCUACGCUCUCGUCAGACGCAGCCCCGAAUGCCGCUCGUCUAAAACCCUCUGUCCCUGGCAAGACCACAUCAUACGACCUCUCAUACACCGAUAACGACGAAAAGUACGCUUUCACAGGCACGAGAAAUACAGACAGUGGCCAAUAUGUCCUCUACUUUGACCCCAGCCGUGAGGCCUUUAUCCUCGAUCUCGUCGAUUCCACCUUCAACAUGAACGUAACCCGACUGCCCGGCAAUACGGAUCCCGAUAGUCUCCGUCGACAGUAUCCUCACAUCGAUAGCAACUCCAAUGGUGCAUCAAAAGCCAUCAAGGCUGAACCCAAGACCGCCAACGCAGACAAGCCCGCCCCCAAGCCACGUGCCAAACCCUCCACCCAAAAGAAAGAGGUCAAGCGCAAACCUGAAAAGAAGCAGGCUCCCAAGAAUAUCGCGCUCUCGCUCCCCGUACCCCUGCCUGCGCAACCAGAGAAACCUGUGGAGCCCAAGAAACGUACGCCGGCCCCCGAAGAAGAGGAAGAAGAGGAUGAAGAUGACGACGGUGGUCUUCUGGUGGAGUACCCGGGCGCCGACACUGGCACAACGCGCAGGACCGAUUUCUCACCCGCCUUUCCUUCUGUCCGUCGCUUUGACGAGUUUAUGGAUCAGCGUGAGUCUGAAGGCGACGACGCCGAUGGCGAGUCUGAUGACGAUCCGGACUUCGAGUUCAAGCUGCCCAGCCCAGUUAACAACCGCACCCAACAUGAAAAUGGCCCCGACCCUAUGGAUAUCGAUGGAGUAGAAGAGGAAGAAGCAGAACCCGAAGUCGACUUGGCCAAAGAGCUCGAAGAUGCGUUUGAAAACUUUGAAAACAGCCAGCAGGAGAGCCCUGACGGUGAUGAGAGUGAGAUCAGCGAGGAGGACUAG